GAGCGGUCGAAAAAAAAACAACCCAGCAACAACCUCAAUCAGCAGAACAUAUUCGUCCUUUUGGCUCGAACGGUUUAGUUGGUUCAGCUUCAUUGUGUUUUUUUGCAUCAUCGCCACACAAGUUUAGGUGACACGUGUCCCGGCGGCGUGUGUCGUCUGUACCAGCCCGACACGGACCGACGGCGGGGGGAGGGGGGGCCGUGUAAUCCAUAUUUUUUUUAUUUUUAACUGUGGCACUUCGACCAUGUUGGCGGAAGUUGUAUUUUAGCUGGCACCGUUUGACGCACGUGUUCGGCUCUGUACUACCACGCAGGCGCGGGACACCGACACCGUCGCAGUCAGUCCGCGUUGUCGACGGAGCAGCGGCGCGAGCGAUGGAGUUCGAGGAGUCCGGCAUCGGGGAGGAGUGCGGGGUGUUCGGCUGCGUGUCCGCCGGAGAGUGGCCCACCCAGCUGGAGGUGGCCCAGGUCCUGAGCCUGGGCCUGGUGGCGUUACAGCACAGGGGUCAGGAAAGUGCCGGGUUUGUUACAAGUGAUGGAGCCAGUCCACCUACAUACACAAUCCACAAGGGAAUGGGAUUGGUGAGCACUGCCUUCCCGCCCGAGGCUCUUCUGAAACUGCGCAAUGGUAACCUGGGCAUAUGUCACACGCGCUAUUCAACGACUGGAAACUCUGAGCUGCAGAACUGCCAGCCUUUUGUGGUCGAUACGCUGCACGGCCAGAUUGCCGUGGCGCACAACGGAGAGCUAGUCAACGCAGACGCCUUGCGGAAGAAGGUGAUGCGCCAUGGUGUCGGCCUCUCCACCAGCUCGGACAGCGAGCUCAUCACCCAGCUGCUGGCGCUCACUCCGCCGACGGAGGAGCUGGACGGACCAGACUGGGUUGCCAGAAUUAAAAACAUCAUGACUGAGACCCCGACGUCGUACUCGCUGUUGGUCAUGUUCAAAGACGUGAUCUACGCUGUGCGAGACCCCUACGGAAAUCGCCCCCUCUGCAUCGGGCGCCUCGUUCCCAUCUAUAAACUGCACAGUUCAGGCGCUGGAGAGGAGGACACAGAGGGCUGGGUUGUGUCGUCAGAGUCCUGCAGUUUUCAAUCCAUUGGUGCCAAGUAUUACAGAGAGGUCUUACCGGGAGAGAUAGUGCAGAUUUCCAAACAUGGAGUCAAGUCUCUGAGUGUUGUGCCUCGCCCUGAGGGCGACCCCCCCGCCUUCUGCAUAUUUGAAUAUGUUUACUUUGCUAGACCAGACUCUAUAUUUGAAGGACAGAUGGUCUACACUGUCAGGCAGCGCUGUGGUCGGCGGUUAGCCAUCGAGGCUCCAACAGACGCAGACGUCGUCAGCACUGUGCCAGAGUCUGCGACCCCGGCUGCACUGGGUUACGCUCAGCAGUCUGGGCUCCCAUACAUCGAGGUUCUGUGUAAGAAUCGCUACGUCGGGAGGACAUUUAUUCAACCAAACACCCGUCUGAGACAGCUUGGAGUUGCCAAGAAGUUUGGAGCACUGACGGACAAUUUUGCCGGGAAGCGCGUGGUGCUUGUUGACGACUCCAUUGUCAGAGGCAACACCAUCUCGCCCAUUAUAAAACUGCUCAAGGAAGCUGGCGCCAAAGAGGUCCACAUCAGAGUGGCCUCUCCACCAGUCAGGUUUCCCUGUUACAUGGGCAUCAAUAUUCCAACCAAGGAAGAGCUCAUCGCCAACAAGCCCGAGUUCCAGGACCUUGCCAGAUACAUUGGUGCGGACAGUGUUCAGUAUCUGACGGUGGAGGGCCUGGUGUCGGCAGUUCAGGAGGGAAUCGCCUCCCACCAGGAUAAGGACAAGAUGAUCAGCUCCAGUAAGAAGUCCUGCAACAGAGCGGGCCACUGCACAGCCUGCCUGACGGGGAAAUAUCCAGUGGAGCUGGAGUGGUAACCGCUGCAUGGACGACGACGCCAAGAACUCUGUGGAUCGACUUCAAGCUGCCACGUGUUAAUUAGAUGUUGCCUCGAGACUGGACAAGACCUGAUUUGACAUUUCACUAUGCUGUAUUAACAAAUUGAUAUGCUUAUUUUCUGUUGAGUCAUUUCCUGCCCAGGUCCUUUAGACAAAGGUUUGCUUAUGUGGUUUCAGAUUCAGCCUGCUGCAGUGAUGCAUUAGUCCACUGUUUCCACUAUUUAUUUUUUUAUGUAUGUAUUCUCAUAAAAAUCUUGAUACUACUUUGGCGUAUUUUCCUUAGUAAACUUGGAACAUUAGAUUGAAUCCGCCAUGUCAGAAAAGCGCACAAAGCUAGUGACCAUUAGUUGAGAAUAUCCUUUAUUUUCUUAAUUAAUUUUAUUUCUCUUUCUUUACCUGAAAUUAACCUCUUUGCUCUUUUGGUUUUGGGUAUGAUCAUUGGACAUUUUGUUUUCUUAACCUUAAACGUCACGCUACUAUAGUGGAAAAGCUUAAAUAAUAAACAUAACUGCAAUGAGCAAA